AUGGUUUUGGAAGUGCUGAACCCAAGGCAUUAUAACAUCACCAGCAUGGUGUCUGAAGUUAUGCCUAUUGCCAGCAUUGCAAUCCUGCUGCUCACUGGCUUUUUUCUCUUGGUUUGGAAUUAUGAGGACACAUCCUCAAUACCAGGUCCUGGCUAUUUUCUGGGAAUUGGGCCCCUCAUUUCCCACUGCAGGUUCCUCUGGACGGGGAUCGGCAGUGCCUGCAAUUACUACAAUAAGACGUAUGGAGAAUUCAUGAGAGUCUGGAUAUGUGGAGAGGAAACCCUCAUUAUUAGCAAGUCUUCGAGUAUGUUCCACAUAAUGAAGCACAAUCACUACACAUCCCGAUUCGGCAGCAAACUUGGGUUGCAGUGCAUUGGCAUGCAUGAGAAAGGCAUCAUAUUUAACAAUAAUCCAGCACUCUGGAAAACCGUUCGACCUUUCUUUACAAAAGCUUUGUCUGGCCCCGGCCUGGUGCGCAUGGUGACCGUCUGUGCUGAUUCCAUCACCAAGCAUCUGGACAGGCUGGAGGAGGUCCGCAACGAGUUGGGCUAUGUGGACGUGUUGACCCUCAUGCGGCGCAUCAUGCUGGACACCUCUAACAAGCUCUUCCUGGGGAUCCCCUUGGACGAAAGGGCCAUCGUGGUUAAAAUCCAGGGUUAUUUUGAUGCAUGGCAAGCUCUCCUUCUCAAACCAGACAUCUUCUUUAAGAUUUCUUGGCUAUGCAGAAAGUAUGAAAAGUCUGUCAAGGAUUUGAAGGAUGCCAUGGAAAUUCUGAUAGAAGAAAAAAGACAGAGGAUUUCAACAGCAGAGAAACUAGAAGACUGUAUGGAUUUUGCCACUGAGUUGAUUUUUGCCGAGAAACGUGGUGACCUGACAAGAGCGAAUGUGAACCAGUGCAUAUUGGAAAUGCUGAUCGCAGCGCCGGACACCAUGUCUGUCUCUGUGUUCUUCAUGCUGUUUCUCAUUGCAAAGCACCCCCAGGUUGAAGAGGCAAUAAUGAAGGAAAUCCAGACUGUUGUUGGUGAAAGAGACAUAAGGAUUGAUGAUAUGCAAAAACUAAAAGUGGUAGAAAACUUUAUUUAUGAGAGCAUGCGGUACCAGCCUGUUGUGGACCUGGUCAUGCGCAAAGCCUUAGAGGAUGAUGUCAUCGAUGGCUACCCAGUGAAAAAGGGGACUAACAUUAUCCUGAAUAUUGGAAGAAUGCAUAGACUCGAGUUUUUCCCCAAGCCCAAUGAAUUUACUCUUGAAAACUUUGCCAAGAAUGUUCCUUACAGGUACUUUCAGCCAUUUGGCUUUGGGCCCCGGGCCUGUGCGGGAAAAUACAUUGCCAUGGUGAUGAUGAAGGUCACCCUGGUCACGCUUCUGAGACGCUUCCACGUGCAGACAUUGCAAGGUCGAUGUGUUGAAAAGAUGCAGAAGAAAAAUGACUUAUCCUUGCACCCAGAUGAGACCAGCGACCUGCUGGGAAUGAUUUUCAUCCCAAGAAAUGCAGACAAGUGCCUCGGCCACUAA